CCGUGAAGUUUUUUGGCCUCUGCACGCCCUGGGCGAUUGCCAGCAUGGACAAACCAAAGAAAACAGCAACUGUGCAUUCUCUGUCCCUCCCAUACCCAGAGCCACAAUGGCCCACCAUCUCUCCUGACGCCGAGCAAGCACUCUUGCAGCUUCUCCUCCGGCUACUGCAGCCCAUCGGCGACUUCAGACGCGACCAUGUUGCGCGCUCCAAAGGCAAAGGAAGAGGCGGAAAAAUACACGAGAGGACGCAAGAAGACUCUCUACCAGAAUGGAUGCCCGAUGUUUACGACCACAUUACUCUCGGGUUUAAUAGCACAGUCCGCAGGCUUGAAUCCUUAGCCCGCACCCGGAAGCCCCCAGUGCUGUCUCAGCAGACGGACGCCGACCCAGCUUCGGGACACGCACCUGCAAAUCUUUCCGUGGUCUUUGUCUGCCGCCAGAAUCUGCCUGACAUAAUGACAUCCUCCCUCCCUUUGCUGUUGGCAACCUCAGCACCCGCGGCCAACAGGGCGAGGCUAGUGGAAUGGUCGUCACAAGCCGAAGAGCAGGUGGCUCGGGCACUUCACCAGCCUCGUGUCGGCGUGCUGGGCGUUGGGGAGGGUACACCUGGCGCUGAAACACUUCUGCAUUUUGUACGAGACAAUGUUGAUGGGGUUGAUAUUCCCUGGCUCGACCAGACACCCAAACCGACAUACUAUCCCGUCAAAGUCCAAACGGUCGAGUCAGCAUCCAAGUCUAAGGUCGCCCCUCGAGACCGUAAGCAGAAGAAUCCCAAAAAUAGCUGAAAAUGCCGGAAGCUGGUGAGCUUGAAGAUUGACCAAAACAUCAACGAAUGAAUGGAAUGCGGACGGGGACGCGUUUGCGGUAUUCGAUAUAGUCUUCACCAAAGAAAGAAACCAGAUGCCUUUCUUCAUCUGUGAUUAAACCAUCAGCACGGUGAGUCAUGACGGAACGAGGAAGCAACCACUUACGAAUAAUUCGGUGGUGGAAGAACUUCCACAACACCACAGCAUAUAUUACAAAGCAAAUGCGAUUCCCCAGCAGCACCUGCGUUCCCAGGCCCCACCAGAAGAAUCCAAAAUAGGAUGGAUGUCUUGAGAAGGCAUAGACUCCGUCUGUCACCAGGACAUGGUCUGCUCUCUUCGUCCAUUGCACGACAUGGUUGAAGUUUGUCUUUGCCUGUCGCAUGGCGGCGCUUCUGACAAGCUGUCCCACGACGAUCAAAGUGGCUCCCAACCCAACUGUGAUCGAGGAAGGAAUUGAUGGGAAGAUCCUAGGGAUGUGGAAUGGCAGCCUCAGCCAUAUUGGAGCGUAGUCGGAGUACAGCCAGUACCGGAUCAGAAGCUCGAGCAUGGCCGAGGUGUGGGCGGCGGCAUACCCAAUGCCAUUCGACAGUAAGAGGAAGGAUGAGAUUGAGGCAUCCGGCGGAUUAUAUCUUGCUGUCAUGUCGAAUUCAAGGUAGUGAAACAGGGCCAGUGUUGCAACAAAGCAUGGUGCCCUCCAAAGUCCAUUGCCCCAAUACAGCAGCUCCACUGCCAGGAUCGUAGAAAUGCCCAGUGCAAUGCCCAACGCAAAGGCACGAAUCGAAACCCCUGAAAGUGCCCGUUUCCCUCCAGGCAGGUAUAGCGGUGGGAUGUACAUGGGCUGCAGAUCCGCGCGAGCACUGCCAUUGAUGUGUUCUUGAAUUCGAUCUCUGGGGAAUUCAUGGAUGAU